AUGGACCACCUCGAAUCUCCCACACCAUUCCAUGGCCAUCCGCCACUCCCGAAGCAUGAUGGCAUCGAUGUCCGGACGAAUGACGCCGAUCGUGCGUUCCUGACAGACAGGUCCACACCGCGACAUAAGAUUGUCACUCUCAGCAGAGCCGGGGACGUCGACGUGCGGGGAUCCGUGGAUACUGCGAAGAACUGCGAGACUCGAAUACGCCCCGAGGAGGAACGACAGCGGACGCGGGAAAGCAUGCACAACAUGUCGUCGUCACUGAUUGGGAAGACGGUCACGCCCUUCUUGAAGGAACACAUCCCCAGCCUGUAUGCGCCCGUUGGCAAGUCAAACAACGAACAGACGGCGCGGGAGAAGAACCCCAACACCAAGUACUGUUACCGCCACAGGCCUGACUCGAAAUGUCGAAGAUCCGCCGACGAGGCCAAGAUGGUCAUGAUCCAGCGAGAGUUGGACAAGCUCACCCCCCAAGACCAACAAGCCAUCACCCACGUGUGGUCCUUGUUCUCCGCUGCGCCGGCCCGUCACCGCGAGCUGAUGUUGCAGGGCGUCCUCGCACAGCUCUGUUUCCCUCAGCUUUCGCUCGUUUCUCGCGAGGUCAGUGAGGCGCUCAAGAUUGACUUCAUCGCUGCUCUGCCCGUCGAGAUCGCCCAGAAGAUCCUGUGCUAUCUCGACACCGUGAGCCUCACCAAGGCAGCCCAGGUCAGCCAACGAUGGCGCCUUCUGGCCGACGACGACGCAGUAUGGGUCCGCAUGUGCGAGCAGCAUGUGAACAGGAAGUGCACGAAGUGUGGCUGGGGGUUGCCGCUCCUGGAGAGAAAGAAGCUUCGGAACUACACGCGGGCGCGCCAGCUGGCGAAGGACAGCAAUUCCAAUGGAAGGGUACAAGAGUUGCCCGACCCGUCGCGCGCAGACACCGAUUGUUCGACUUUAGGGAAGCGCUCAAGCGAGUCGAUGGACGAGAGUUCGGGUGGGAAGCGACGUCGUCUCGAGAAUCAAGAAACAAUCACUCGGAGCUGGAAGGCUGUGUACAGGGACCGGUGGCAGGUUGGCUACAAUUGGAAGUACGGACGAUGCUCGCUCAAGACGCUCAAGGGGCACACUAACGGCGUGACCUGUCUCCAAUUGGACGACAACAUCCUCGCGACUGGUUCAUACGACGCCACCAUCAAGAUAUGGAACAUUGAGACUGGCGAGGAGAUUUGUACCCUUCGGGGCCACACGCGAGGAAUCCGUGCGCUACAGUUUGACGAUUCCAAGCUGAUUAGUGGGAGCUUGGACAACACCAUCAAGAUUUGGAAUUGGCACACCGGCGAGUGCAUCUGCACACUGCAAGGCCACACCGACGGCGUCAUCAGUGUCCACUUUGACGGACACCUAUUAGCUAGUGGCUCGGCCGACAAGAGUGUCAAAAUCUUUGACUUCAACUCCAGGGAGGCAUUCUGCCUCAAGGGCCACGACGAUUGGGUCAACUGCACCCGUCUCGACAUCAACAGCCGGACAGUCAUGUCCGCAUCGGAUGACACUACCCUGAAACUCUGGGACCUGGACACCAAACAGGCUAUCCGAACUUUUGAAGGCCACGUCGGCCAUGUCCAGCAAAUUCUUCUCCUCUCGCCCGAGUACGAGCCGGAUGACGAAUUGCUGAUCGGCGCCGCAAAUGGGUCGGGCGAUAACACCGACGCGCUAUCCGUCGCCAGCAGCGGGGGCGACGGGACCUCGACAAGGUCCUUCAUGCAUCCCGAACGGCGCAGCAGCUCGCCGUCCCGCGACAGCGAUGGGGAUAUCCGCUCCCUGUACGGCCCGUCUUUCGCCUCGGAUCCACUGCGUCCCUUACCUCCGCGCUAUUUCCUCUCGGGCGCCCUGGACAGCACCAUCCGGCUCUGGGACAGCGCGACUGGCCGGUGCCUGAAGACCAUGUUCGGGCAUCUCGAGGGCAUCUGGUCGCUCGCGGGCGACACGAUCCGCGUUAUUAGUGGUGCCAACGACGGCAUGGUCAAGUGCUGGGAGCCGCGCAGCGGGAAAUGUGAUGCGACCUUUGUCGGGCACCGCGGGCCGGUCACUUGUGUUGGGCUGAGUGAUAGCCGCAUGGCCAGCGGUAGUGAGGAUGGGGAGGUGCGCAUUUAUUCGUUUAGGGAUAUCGGGAGUGCGAAUGGGCAUUGCGUCUUGGACACUCCCAUCCCAGGUCACAGCUGA